AUGGCAGAGCCACAUAAGAGGAUUGAAAAUUCUCUAGCUGAGUUAGAGAAGGGCAAAGAUAAACGUAAGUCACCAGUGUCGCGGUCACGAUUCUGCAGUCCCAGAGGGAAAAAUUCCAGAGGAAGGAGUCCCAGAAGACGCAGUCCACAAAGACAGCGAAGUCCAAAGUUGGCCAAGUCCCCUCCAAAGAAGGAGUCCUCUCUGAAGAGGAAGGGUGGUCCAUGUUUUGUGAAUUAUACAGAGUUGGCAGUACCUCAGGACCAUAUCUACGCCAUCAAAGAGAAGAACGGGGUCUUCAAAAAGCCUCCCCCAAUCAGGGGAAACCACGACAAAAGAGACCCGAAGAAAUUAUAUAAGUACCACAGGGAUAUUGGUCACACUACUCUGGAAUGUUGGUUUUUGCAGGAUGAAAUUGAAGAGUUAAUCAGGCGGGGAGAUUCCAGGAAAUCACAGGAGCGAUAUGCGAAAGAAGCCAAAGAGAAGCCGCUCACCAACGUGAACAGUUUGAGUGAGCGACCAGAAAAGCUCUUCAAAAGGGAAUGUGAUGAUAUCACAUUCAUGGAAAGCGAUGCCAGAUGGGUCCACCACCUGCAUUCCGACACACUGGUCAUCGUUGCUAAUAUUGGAGGAGAUAAUGUCCACCGCAUACUUGUGGACAAUGGAAGUUCCGUGAAUCUGUUGAAUUUCCAGGCCUUUAAGCAGAUGGGAUUACAGGAGAAGGAUUUGCGACCCGUCGUAUCAAGUAUUUAUGGUUUUACUGGAGACACCAUUGCGCUGAAGGGAAUGAUCAAACUCCCAAUUACUCUGGGAACCGCACUUGUGGUGGCUAAGUCAAUGGCUGACUUCGCAGUAAUCGACCAACACUCGGCAUACAAUGCUGUGAUUAGUCGUCCUAUCCUGAAAGAGAUGAAGAUUGUGACAUCCAUUUAUCAUCUCACCAUGAAGUUCCCUACUCGCGCUGGAGUAGGAUCAGUGCAAGGAGUCCAAUCGGAUUCACAAGAAUGCUACAAUACAGCUUAA